AUGCCACCAACUCCCUCUCCCUCCGCCUUGCGCGCCCUAACGCGUCUCGCCAUCUCAAACCCAAACCCAACCACAAUACCUUCCCUGCGAACGCUACGUUCUACGCCCUCCAUCUCCCGCCCUCGUCUCUUCACCACAACCCCAAAACCCUCCAUGACCCUGAACCAAGUCCGCACCAAAGGUCGACACCCCAAGAAAGCCCGCCAUGCCGUCUCGCCCGCCCUGGCCGCCGAGCAACGACCGGAGAUGAAAGGCGUGUGUCUGAAAGUUGGCAUCACGAAGCCCAAGAAGCCCAAUUCCGGCCAACGCAAGACUGCCAAGGUGAGACUGAGUUCCGGCAAGAUCGUCUCCGCGUACAUUCCCGGAGAAGGACAUAAUGUGCAGCAACACAGCGUGGUGCUGGUGAGAGGAGGCAGGUCUCAGGAUUGUCCGGGUGUCAGAUAUCAUCUUGUUCGGGGGGCUUUUGAUUUGGGCGGUGUCCCGAAUCGAGCGACUAGUCGGUCGAAAUACGGCACGAAGAAACCAAAAACCGAUUGA